AUCCAGAGAGAGAAAGAGAGCUUUUGUGAAAUUUCGUUUAUGUCACCGAGUGCCUUUUUUUAUAUCGCAAACAGUAUGUAAUCGUGCAGACAUACAAAUAUUUAUUUUUUACGUCUUGUUUUUAUCAUUUGUAAAAAUACGUUAUUAUUACUGUUUUAAAAUGUAUUUAUAAUAUUUUAAUUAAUAUUUAACGCCAGUCUAGUUUUAUUAGAUUUUUUUUAUUGCCUCCUUAAAUUAUUUUUCGCCUUUAACACAUUGGAGCGUAACUGCUGUUCGUCACAAACCAGGAAGUAACUUACAGAGUCUCAGCAGCAGCAGUUUACAAUAUGUCAUGAUCAGACUGAAUAUUUAAGUUUCAGGAUGGCUGAAAACAGCCCAGAGGAGAGGAGUCUGGAAGUUCUGGAUCUUCCUGAUGAUUUUGACGAGGACUAUCUCUCCAUCUACUUUGAAAACAAGCGCCGAUCUGGAGGUGGUGAUGUGGAGUCUUUGGAGAGAUGUGGAAAUAAAGUGGUAGUGGUAUUUAAAGAAGCAGAGGAUGCUGCCGGGGUUCUUUCCAAAGAGUCCCAUGUCCUCAAUAAAACCAAACUUACAGUGCGUAAGAAACCACCGAAGGACCCGGGAAAGCUGUUGCUAAAAGGACUCAAUCCAAACACUGCUCUGGAAUCAGUGGAGUUGUAUGUGGAAAACAUUACUUCUAUGGAUGUCGAUAAAGAUUUCACGUUGUAUCGGUCUCCAGACAAGGACCUGGUUCUCAUUCACCUACACAACCCUUUGUCUAGAGAUUUUCAGACGAUCAGAGAUAAAGUUUCUAAGAGGGGUCUUGAUGGAGCAAAGUUCUCUCUUGAGCAAGUAGAAGCAACAAACUCCAUUCUGGUGUCCAAUCUGUCUCCCAACACCACAGACGACACAAUAGAGGUCUACUUUGGAAGUAGUCGUAGUGGAGGGGCAGACGUCCUAGGAAUUACCAUGCUGGCUGAUGGAUGUGCUAAAGUGUCCUUUAAGGAUUUUAAAUCUGUGGACAACAUCCUUAAAAAAUCACAUAAAUUGGAUGACGCAGAUUUAAUAGUCCAGCCUUAUUUUGAUUUCCUACAAGGGGAGGCUGAUCAAUCACCUCAAAAUGGGCAGGGAACAUCAAUGGAUGAAAUGGAUGAGGAUGAGAACGGAAACAGCCCAGACUUAUAUCAAAGUCCCAUAGUUUCUGACCCAGUGAUGGACACCAACCUAGUAGACAGUGCUGCUAUUCCACAACACACCACAAGUUUAGUUAGCAGAACUGCUGGGUCUACUAGCGGUGCUGCCUCAUCAGCAUUAGAGCCUAUGGAAGUUGAUCUUACAGAUCUUGACCUUCCUACCCAAAAAGAAUGCGUUAGCUUUAUAUCUGUGCCUGAUGUGGCCAAACGACACCUGGUAGGUUUGAGUAAGCUGCCCGAGAACCUCACAAAGGCUCACCCCAAUUUUGAUGUCAGUCUUACCAAAGAUGGCAUUCAAAUCAAAGGUCUUGACCAUAUUGAGGUUGAAACACUCAAAAACAAAGUGCUGGAUUUUCUAAGCAGUGUCACAGAGGUCCACCUGACAUACGACAAACUCAAAGCCGAGUUUCUUGAAAGGCAAGAUGUUAAAAACAGGCUAGAUGUGUCAUUGAAAGGUUUACAAGCAACAUACAACGUGUCAGAUUGUACAGUCUCCGUAGUAUCGUCAUCUCUUAGCGCAGUCAACCAGGCUCGAGAUCUGAUAGAGUCGCAGAUAUCCGAGUUUACCGUGCCCGUAGCCAGAGAAUACGAGAAUUUGGUUUUCACUCCAGAGUGCUCUGACUUCCUGGGCUCUCUGGACUUCUGCAGUGCCGUAGUGUCAGACACCGGUGAAAUAAUAAAGGCAGUCACCAUGAAAGGGAUGGAAAAGGAGAAACAAGAGAAGAUUGUUCGCUUUCUCAGCACUCCAAUCCAGAGGGAAUCCAUUCUGUCUAUGGAUAAAGGGAUGCUGACGUUCCUGCAGCUCCAUUAUCAAGAUCUACUCGCAGACAUGGGACAGGUCAUGAUAUUCCCAUUGGACACGGGCGAAGGAUUCAAUAUCAAAGGAGAUCUGUGUGCGUGUCAGAUGGCGGAGGAGGUGUUGAGAGGUAUUAUGGGUUCAACCUGCACCAGAAGCAUUGUGGUCAACCAGCCUGGCAUUUGCCGUUUCUUGAGGGAGUUGGAGGGAGCCAACUUACUGGCAGAAAUGACGGCCAAGUUUCAGGUUUACAUCAACAUGGAAAAAGUCCACUGGAAACCUCUAGAAGACAAUGAUAUUUUCGAGCUGGCAUGGAAAAUGACAUACUGUCACAACUUUAAGAGAAGUUCUGCAGCAACUUCAUUAGAGGAUUUCACUGUAAGAGCGGGGAAUUCUGCUGAUGCCAACACAUCAGCUCGUAUUGAAGAAGCUAAGAAGAUCUUAUCAGUUGUUGGCAGUGACCUGGCCACAAACAUGGAAGAUGAAGAUCUCUAUUCAGAUCUGGACCAGGAUACCUCCACAAUGCAAGAAGAGGAGUCUUCCUCACCUCGUGCACUGCAGGCCAUUGACAUGCCAAGCUCCUCUACACCUCUGAAUCUCUGCAGCCUUGACGAAGACGCAAGACUCUCAUUGGCGAUUCAGCUGUCCAUGGAGAUCAAUCGGAGACCGGACACAGACAACCUUCAGAUGGCUCUUGAUCGUUCCAGGAGUGAUUCCAUGCCAAAUGAGGAGAACAUGCAGCUUGAGAAGGCCGUCGAGAUGUCGUUGGAGGACGAGAUCCGAUCUAACAAUAAGGCCGAGAUCUUCGUUUACGCGAGCUACACCCACGAUCUUGUUAGGGUGGACAUUGCGUUAGGAAAGAAGGUGGGUCAAAAGCAGUGUGAGGAGAAGUUAGAACACAAGCACUUGCGUAAGCUCUCCUCCUUUCAGAAGAGAUGCAUAGAUCUUAUUCAAAGAAAGCAUGCUGUGGUGAUCAACAUACAGGGGACCACUGCUAUCAUCUCUGGAUUUGAAGAUUACGUCUCGGAGGCUGUGCCUGACCUCAGGGACUUUCUGAGAAGGGCAUCGAACUGUAUGAGCGAUGCAGAAAUCGUAAAAACCGUACAGUGGGAGUGGCACGACCAGGGGUCCUCCACGGCUGUACCGUACUCUUCAGAUGCCACGGUGUUUAUUGAGAACGCUUGGAAGAUGAAACAAAAGAAGAUUGACAUUUUAUUUGACAAUCAGCCAUACACCAUUGACUUCGAGAGGAUGGAGGAACAUAGUCUCGCAUCUGGAAAGACUGUGCGAAUUAAACGGAAAAUUUUAAGUGCAGACGACUUGUACACGGAUGGCACAGAUCAAGAUUACAGUCUGCUGACUAACGUGCCUGAUGCAUCUAAUUUAAAUGAAGACUCGGAUGAAUUUCAAAAUGUGGUCAAAGAGUUUUAUGACACCAUUCGGGAUUACCGCAACAAAAUCAAAAUCAUUAAGGUCGAGAAGCUCUCGAAUAAACUUUUACAAGACCAGUAUAAACUGAAGAAAGCCAGUAUGGUGAGGAGCUCUUCCGAACCGGAGGUGGAACGAACCCUCUACCACGGCACCAGUGAAACCAGUGUGAAGGAAAUCUGUAUUCACGGCUUCAACAGGAGCUUCUGUGGAAAAAAUGCUACUGUGUAUGGUCAGGGUGUGUACUUUGCCGUGAACUCUGCACUGUCUGUGUUGGACACCUACUCUCCACCCAAUGCAGAUGGGCACAAGUUUAUUUUUAUGGCCAAAGUGCUCACUGGAGACUUCACAGUGGGCAAGCAUGACAUGAAAACCGCUCCACUCAAGGAGAAUUCUGGUGUACCUGUCAGAUAUCACAGCGUGACAGAUCAUUUGAGCUCUCCUACUUUGUUUGUGAUUUUCAACGACACACAGGCCUAUCCUGAGUACCUUAUUACAUGCAAGAAGAUCUACAGCUAAUAUGAAAAUGUUGUGGCUUUAAACAUUAUGCUUGCUGUUUCUUACCCAUAUAUUUUCCUUUCCAACAAAUUAAGUCUGACUUUAGUUAUGGGCCGUGGAUGUUUCUUUAUUGAUUUAAUGAAUAUUCAGAUCUUUAAUGUAAUACACUGACAGAACACAAUGCACCCUAAUCUAAAAACUAUUGCUUAACUAUCAGUUUAUUUUUGGAAUUUAGAUGUACUGAGUAGAUUAAUGCUGGGGUUAAAUAUAUGUGACCCUUUCCGUGAAAUCCAGGCUAAACUCUCCCAAUUUAAGAGAUUGGGAGUAUCAAAGUUUGAUUUCACUCAUUGAUUUUAGUCUUUGACAUGGCUCGGUCAAGAUAUCAAGGUUAUAUUUUCACAUUAUUUAGGAUGAUUUUAUGUUAAACAGUCAAUCUUUAGCUGGGUUUUCACAGACUGGGUCACAAAUUUGUAACCUUUCUUUUAUUCAGUAUUGCUGCCUUUACUUUAUUUUCCAAUCAAACAUCACUUUAUGAAUUUAUUGUUGCAUGUUUGAAUCCAAUGAAUGCUGAUAUAAAAGUAAACUCUUCACAAUUA